CAGUAGCAGUAGCAGACUAAAGUGAAAUAAAGGGACUAGACCAAGAGCUCCGCCGAGAGAUAUAGAGUCAUUUUAGGUUGCCAUGCCAGAGCUCACAGUUAUACUGGCUGGUGUUUUUGGUGUUGGUAAGUCCACCAUAUUCAAGAGAGUUGAAACAGGAGACUUCAUUCAAACACCUCCACCACAAUCCCUCAGCAAUUCAAAGAGUGACGGGGGGAUCGAGUGCUAUACUUACAAGAAGACAAUUGACGAUAAGGAAUACAAUGUCACACUAUGGGACACAGGUGGAUUGGAGAGAUACAACUCAAUGACCUCUAGCUAUUACAGAUACUGUCAGGCUGUCAUAUUAGUGUAUGAUGCCAGUCCAGAUCAACUGAGCACACUGUUUGCUCUGAAAGGAUGGAUUGAUGAAGCAAGAACUGCUUCUUCCCGGGGUGAGAGGGUAAUCCUGUCGUUAUGGGGCAACAAGUCUGAUAAGCUUGGUCCAGGAGAGUCUGUCCCAAGUCCUGAGGCCCAAGCGUUCAUGAGAGAAUACUCGAUACCAGACAACCUUCAUUACUCGGUAUCAGCUCUCACUGGGCACAAUGUGAUGGAAGCAUUGCACAGUUUCAUGAGACACAUUGACACUGUAGUAUCAGUCAACAUGAGCACCAGCUUCACACUCAGCGAUCAAGAAUCACAUGAAAAUAGCUCAAGACCACAGACCUGGCGUCAAAAGAUCUGUAGCAAAUGUUGAUAUAAAUAUUUUUAUUGUAAAUUUUCACAGUUUAUUCAUUAUUUUGCAAAAUAACAUUUUUAGUUUGUUUUAAACUGCACAUGUUCAUGUUGUUGGUUUAGUUAGAGUUUAAUUUACUUUUAAUUAAUAAAUUCCUCUUCCUCAAGGAAAGAUGGCCGUCUCUUCCCAAGUCAGUGGUGUUGCCCAAUUCUCUUUCGUUCUCUCAGGAUUAGCUGGAGUGGGUAAGACUGCCAUAUUCAACCAUUUGAAGAAGUUGGCAGGAUCUCCAGAGGCCACGGAACCAGCUAGUGGUGGUGGAAUAGAUUGCUGCAUAUACUCAACUGUUGUGAGAGGACUAAAGUGCAAGAUAUCAAUAUUUGAUACGGGAGGUUUGGAAAGAUAUGCUUCGCUGACCUCCAACUAUUAUCAUCGUUGUAACGGAGUCAUACUGGUCUAUCUGAACGACCCUGACAGACUGGAUACUCUAACCUGUUUGAACCUCUCGAUUGAAAGUGCCCUGUCUUACAACAAAUCCCCGGACAUGUUGGUCUUCUCUUUAUGGGGCAACUCUUUUAAUGAUGAGAGGGACCCAAUGACGGAAUCAAUUGCUUCUCUACAGGAACACGUCUCGGCACUCCUUGAGAACACGUCUAUACCAAAGAAGCUUCAUUUUAUAGUUAACCCAAUGACAGGGAGAGGGAUAAAGGAGGCCAUUGAUGGUCUGGUAGUUGCUGUACAGAGCAGGUGCAGGGAUAAGUCUGAUUCUGUUCUCUCUCCGAGCGAGGCUAUACUGACCAGCAUUGACUCAGCCGAGAGUUUUGAUGAUGCUACCAGUCCAUUACAACUUAAUGUGGAGGAGGAGAGAAAGAGAGAGGGAGGGAGGGGAGGUAAGGCUUCUUCUGGUAAAGGUGGCCCAAAGAAGAAAUGCUGUUUCUCUACUAGUUGAUAAUGUCACUUUUCGCAACUAUAAAUUUACCAUUAUUAUUAUUAUCACUAUUAUUAUUAUUAUCAUUAUUUUUGUUGUUGAAUUGUUGUCCUUGUUUUCGUGUACUGCAGUAUCAUAAAAGAUUAUUUCACACUAAAA